AGCCUGCUAUGCGUCAUUCUCAUACCAGUUCUCAAAGUCAUUAAUUCAUGCUUGCGUAGGUGUGCUUACGAUUUCCGGCCUAGGAGCGUCGAGCAAUGCUGGAAAGGAGUCAACCCCGUAAUGCAUGCCGCUGCUGCCGAACUCGAACACCGAGAGUCAAUCGAAAGAAGCGCUGAGGCCCGUUAUCCCUGGGGUCACUCCGCAUGGCUGAGAGAUUUCUCAGCGAGAUAUAUACCACGGACUGUGCAUAUGAGCGACCAGAAGCUUGUCUUUUGCCCCUUCCAGCUUCGUUGUUGUGAACCCGGCCUUCGUACAGGAUCCUAGAAUUGACAGAAUGGACAAGGAAGCGUCUGUCGAGAAAGAUCUCGAGGCUGGAUCGCAGAGGGAGGAUGUUUCCCAGGAUCUGGAUUAUGGACAAUCCAAGCCCAAAACGCGCUCUUGUUCAUUUGCCUUUGGUAGGUUACCAGACCUCCGCACACCCUUCAUUCUGAAGGAAGUACCACCUCCAAAGCCAUCACUCGAUGACGCUGACUUCCUUCCUGAAGCAACUGCUGGAUGGUUUAGCUUCCUCACGUUCGGUUGGAUCACAUAUAUUCUAGCAUUGGGAUACGCCAGACCGUUAGAGGCCUCUGAUCUAUACAAACUCCAAGAUAAACGGUCUGCGAAGAUCAUCGGGGACAAGAUCACAGCGUCCUUUGCCGCUCGUGUUGAGAAAGCGAACGAGUAUAAUGCUCGACUUGCGAGCGGCAAGAUCAAGCCCGGUUGGCGUGCUAUAUGGUGGACUCUGCAAGGUAAAAGAGUAGAACGCGAGAAGCAUUGGCGCGAAAAGGCUGGCAAGAAGCGGCCGAGCCUCGUCCUGGCUAUGAACGAUAGCGUCAAGUUUUGGUUCUGGUCCGCUUUCUUCUUGAAGCUCAUUGGAGACGUCACGACGAUUCUGACACCUCUGGUCGUCAAGACGCUCAUCGUCUUUGCGACUGUCUCUUACAAUGCGCAUCUUGCUGGCCAGCAGGCCCCACCCAUUGGUAAAGGUAUUGGUCUCGCCAUCGGGUUGUUCGCAAUGCAGGUAUUCUCUUCGAUGUGCCAACAUCAUUUCUUCUAUCGAAGCACGACGACGGGUGUGCUCCUCCGCGGAGGUCUUAUUACCGCCAUCUACGAUCGCUCACUCAAAUUGACCACCCGUGCUCGUACGACACUCACCAAUGGAAAGCUGGUUAACCACAUCUCAACCGAUGUCUCGCGAAUAGAUUUCUGCUGCGGGUUCUUCCACCUCUCUCUGAUCGCUCCAGUUCAGAUGGCUAUCUGCCUCAUAUUGCUACUGCUCAACUUAGGUCCGUCAGCAUUAGCUGGCUUCGCUUUCUUUGUGUUGGGUACCCCGGCGCAGACGAUUGUUAUGAAACGGUUGACGGGAUUCAGACAGAAGAGUAUGGCAUGGACAGAUAAGAGAGCGAAGUUGUUACAAGAGCUUCUUGGGGGAAUGAAAAUCAUCAAGUUCUUUGCAUGGGAGGUGCCGUAUCUGAAGAGGAUCGCAGAUUACCGGUCGCAUGAGAUCAAAUACAUCCGAUCUCUGUUAAUGCUUCGAUCUGCCAAUAACGCGGUUGCAGUUUCAUUACCGGUGUUGGCUUCGGUUCUCUCCUUCGUGGCGUACUCUCUAUCCGGGCACAGUCUCGAUCCCGCGAACAUAUUCUCUUCGUUAACGCUUUUCCAGCUUCUUCGUCUUCCUCUGAUGCUGCUUCCUAUGUCCUUCAGCUCGAUCGCAGACGCCCAAAAUGCCGUCAAACGUCUUCACGAUGUCUUCGAGGCCGAAACACUCAUCGAGACCAAGUCCAUUGACGAAGACAUGAAAGAUGCAGUGAUCAUAGAACACGGAGAAUUCACAUGGGACAGUCCACCUCCACAAGCCCUAAGUACCAAGAAGAAAGGACUUCUGGGUGGCACUAAGACUCCAAAGAGACAAUCAACUUCUACUCCCAAUGCAGGCUCGGAGAUGAAGGUGUUUAGUAUGAAGGAUGUGAACUUGACUAUUCCAGAAGGCCAGUUGACGGCUAUUGUUGGACCGGUCGGGACAGGGAAGACGUCGUUGCUUGAGGCGAUGAUUGGCGAAAUGAGAAAGGUAGCUGGCACAGUAAAAUUCAAAGGAACAGUUGCAUACUGUCCUCAAUCAGCUUGGAUCCAGAAUGCAACUGUUCGAGAGAAUAUCUGUUUUGGACGAGCUUUCGACGAAGAUCGAUACUGGAAAGCCGUCAAGGAUGCAUGUCUCGAGACUGACCUCGAGAUGCUCCCCAAUGGUGACCUUACUGAAGUCGGCGAGCGAGGGAUCUCACUUUCCGGUGGCCAAAAGCAACGUAUCAACAUAUGUCGCGCUAUCUAUGUCAACGCUGAUAUCCUCAUAUUCGAUGACCCUCUUUCAGCCUUGGAUGCCCAUGUCGGGAGGUCCGUGUUUAACAAUGUCUUCCUGAAUGCCGCUGCAGGCAAGACUCGGAUUCUCGUCACCCACGCCCUCCACUUCCUCCCUCAAGUGGACUACAUUUACACUGUCCUUGAUGGAAAGAUCGCCGAACGCGGUACCUAUCAAGAACUGAUAACCAACGAAGGUGCUUUCGCUAGAUUCAUCCGGGAGUUCGGUUCGAAGGAGGAAAAGGAAGAUAAGGAGGAAGAGGCGAUUGAAGAUGUUGCUGUAUCAGACGAGAAACAAGUGACGAAGAAAGAAAAACCUGGCGGUGCAGCUCCGCCUCUUAUGCAAGCAGAAGAGCGGAAUACUGGUGCUGUGCCUGGAUACAUCUACAAGGAAUAUCUGAAAGCGGGAAAUGGCACUCUUAUCCUUCCUCUGCUACUUCUCUCGAUUGUGUUUUUGCAAGGAGUACAAGUCAUGUCCUCGUACUGGCUCGUAUAUUGGCAGGAGCUGAAAUGGGAUGAACCCGCAGGGUUCUACAUGGGUAUCUAUGCCGGGUUGGGCGUUGCUCAAGCAGGUGGCUUUGCUAUCAUGGGCACUCUGUUCUCAUUUCUCACCUAUUUCGCCUCUCGGCAGCUUCAUAAGGAUGCCAUUAAGCGCGUUAUGCAUGCACCCAUGUCCUUCUUCGAGACCACUCCUUUGGGGCGCAUCAUGAACCGAUUUUCGAAAGACAUCGACACUGUCGACAAUAUGCUUGGUGACUCUCUGAGAAUGUUUAUGAACACGUUUUCCAAUAUUCUCGGAGCGGCCAUCCUCAUUGCAAUCAUUCUGCCUUGGUUCUUGAUCGCGUUCUUCGUCGUCUCGAUCGCUUACGUUUGGGCUGCAAUCUUCUAUCGCGCAAGUGCCAGAGAAUUGAAGCGGCUGGAUUCAAUCCUUCGUUCGUCACUUUACAGCCACUUCUCGGAGUCUUUGUCGGGUUUGGCCACUAUUCGUGCGUAUGGCGAAACCGAUCGCUUUUUGGUUGAGAACCAGAAGCGGAUUGACAUCGAGAACAGGGCAUAUUGGCUCACAUGUACCAAUCAGCGAUGGUUAGGUAUACGUUUGGAUUUCCUCGGCAUACUCUUGACAUUCGUGGUCGCAAUGUUGACCGUCGGCACGAGAUUCAGUAUUUCUCCAUCUCAAACUGGCGUGACUCUGUCCUACAUCAUCAGCGUCCAGCAAGCCUUUGGGUGGAUGGUACGUCAGAGUGCUGAGGUUGAGAACAACAUGAACAGUGUCGAACGUAUCGUCCACUACGCACGCCAGUUGGAGCAAGAGGCCCCUCAUGAGAUUCCAGAAGCGAAACCACCGUCUCCUUGGCCCUCAGAGGGUCGGGUGGAGCUCAAGGAGGUGGUCCUCAGAUACCGCCCAGAACUUCCGGCCGUUCUCAGAGGCCUUACUAUGAGUGUCAGGCCAGCAGAGAAGGUUGGCAUCGUUGGCCGGACUGGUGCCGGCAAAAGUUCCAUUAUGACAGCUUUAUAUCGACUGGUCGAGUUGACGUCCGGAACGAUAACCAUCGACGGUGUGGAUAUCUCCAAAGUUGGAUUGACCGAUCUUCGCAGAGGGCUUGCUAUCAUUCCUCAGGACCCACUCCUAUUCUCGGGCACCUUUCGAAGUAAUCUUGACCCAUUCGGUCAACACGAUGACGCCACGUUAUGGGACGCUCUCAAGCGUGCAUACCUAGUAGAAGACAGGAGACUGGGUUCAAUAGACCAAGACGACGACGCAACCUUGGGCUCAAGUACACCCAUUAACCGGUUUACUCUUGACAGUCCGGUGGAAGAUGAAGGCGGUAACCUUUCAGUCGGACAAAGAUCUCUAGUUUCUCUGGCAAGAGCGCUCGUUAUCAAUACCAAAGUUUUGAUUCUUGACGAGGCUACUGCAUCUGUCGAUUAUGAGACUGACAGAAAGAUUCAAGACACCAUUGCGACGGAGUUCGCUGACCGGACAAUCCUCUGCAUUGCACAUCGUCUUCGAACGAUUAUUGGCUACGACAGGAUAUGCGUCAUGGAUGCAGGCCAAAUUGCAGAGUUUGACACCCCCAAGAACUUGUACAAGCAAACAGAUAGCAUCUUCCGAGGGAUGUGUGACCGGUCUUCCAUCACUUUCGACGAUAUCCUGUACGCUGCGAAGGCGACAAAAGACUGAGCGUGAAUGAAUGGAUGAAGGAAUCAAAUUGUGGUUGAUUCAGCGGAAUGGACGGAUUGAUAGACAUCUAUACCAGAUCUUGACGAGUAAUGACAGAUGUAACGAUAACGAUAGAUAAAUACGAUAUAACCGGAUGUAAGAGAUAUGAUGUAACGUUCUUGAUGACAAAAAUGUCUGGCAUGAACUUCUAUAGACGAGCAUUCUUGGG